GGUAAACGAAAUUUGGAGUUUUACAGAGGAAAGAGUAUAUAUAUUAUACAUUUCAGAUAUUGUAGAGAGAGAAAGAGGGAGGAGAGAGUGAUAGAUGGGAAUGUGCUUUUCGUACCUAAGAGGAGGGCAACAAGCAGUGGGCGGAGGGGCCGUACUGAAGAUGAACGAUGUUGGUGGUGGAGCAGCCCACAACGACGCUGUUGACAAAUUCUUUAGAACAAAGGGUCCUCAAGCUCUCUUUACACAAAUCGAGUUAUCUCUAUCAGCUUCAAAAUUACGUGAUCGUGACAUCAUUUCAAAGGUACAAGAAUCAAAGUUGAGGUCUUCAUUAUGCUUGGAUGGUUUGUGGACUUGGAGACUUCCAUUUUUGUGA